AUGUCGAUGGUGGGCGGCGGCGGCAGCAGCAACGACGGCGAGCCGGACCUAGCGAGCGGCGUUGCGGCGCCCAAAGGCAUAUACAUGCACGGUAGCUCUGGGUGUGGAAAGUCGAUUCUCAUGGACCGCUUCCUCGCGCCGUCGAUCCUCCCUCCCGAGGGGGCUUCGGAGGCGUGGGUGCGCCGCGUGCAUCUGCACGAGUUUCUGAUGGAGGCGCGCCGGCGAGCGCGCACGCUGCUCCGCGUGGCGUGGCGUGAGAGGUUGCCGUGCCCCGCUCCAGAGUUCUGGGGCGGGCUGCUCGUGGCCAUCGGCCUUCUCACGCGGCCGGCCUCGCUGCUCCUCUUUGCCACGAUGGCGUGCGCAGUUUACUUCCACCUCGCAUCGACCGGACUCCAGGGCUUCCCGCUCGGCCAUGUGGAGAACUACAGCUACAAUUUCGAGGAGCCCGUGCUCUACGCGCUGAUCUUUUGGCUCCUGUCCAAGACCGGAGCCGGCUCGAUUUCCAUCGACGAGAAGAUUGCUCAGGCCUUUGACGCAGAAUGA